AUGUCUUUUGCAAGUAUUUAUCGGAGCAGGCAGCUGCAGCGUCGGUGUGGGGCAGUCGUUCGGGGUGCAACACCCCCGGGGCUGCUGGCGGGCAGCGGGCUGGGUGGCUCGGCGGGGCACGGUGCCGCUAUGUCUGCUGGAAGGCUUCGGUCUGCUGGAAGGCGUCGGUCUUUCCGUGCGUUGGCGUUGGGCUUGUUUGGGGCUGUUGUCGGCGUUCGCUGCUGCGGGCCGAGGGUGACGGUUGCUUUGCUCCCCGCAGGGAUCAUCUACGACGUCAUUGUGGAGCCGCCCAGCGUGGGGUCGAUGACAGACGAGCACGGGCAUCAGAGGCCGGUGGCCUUCUUGGCCUACAGAGUAAAUGGGCAAUAUAUUAUGGAAGGACUUGCAUCCAGCUUCCUCUUCACAAUGGGCGGGCUAGGAUUCAUAAUUCUGGAUCGAUCCAAUGCACCAAAUAUCCCCAAACUGAACAGGUUUCUUUUGCUCUUUAUUGGAUUUGUCAGUGUGCUUUUGAGCUUCUUCAUGGCCAGAGUUUUCAUGAGGAUGAAAUUACCGGGCUACUUGAUGGGUUAGUACCUCUUGUGAUGUGCGAAAGCCCAAGCUGAAUUUACUCCUCUUCAUGAAGUGUUUUAAGAAGCAGCAAGAAACAAAUUCCGUAGCCACCAUCAACAGGAAAGAGACCUGGCCAUGAGAAACAACUAGGGAAAGAGUGCUUUCUCUGCAAACAAACUCUCACUACCAGUGGCUGAUUUGUAGUUCUGAAGCAAUGUUUUAUCAUUUCGGUUUUAGAGCUUUUCUAAAAAGCAACUUACCAAGCUGGGUUUGUCUUUGAUGUCCCAACUCAGUAAGAAAUAGAGAACCUACAUUUAGCUCUACCUGAAAUGAGUAUUAGCCAUUGCCUUGAGAGUUCAUUGUUGCAGGUCUGUCUCCUCUUCCCUCUGUGGGACAAUUAGAUGUGUGAGUCAGAGAAGAAACACCUGAAACAUUUCUUUCCAAGUUAUAAUUAGAAAUUCAGUAACUUUGGAUGGUUUACAGUCAAAAUACGAUGUGUCUGAAAUGACGUCAAAGGCACCUUUUGCCUUGACAUUAAUGUCUCUACGUAAGCAAAUCCAGACAUGCACUGGGAAAGGCAAACUGUGUGAGUGUGCAUUCCUUUUUGAAAAAGUGUAUGAAAGGAGCCAAAUAAAACUUAUUUUCUACAAAA